AUGAACGAAGUCGCUCCAAAUUCUCCCAGCGUGCCCUGCACUUCAUCAACUCCCUUCGAAAACCUUCAUUUCCACCUUGACACUGCCUCUCGACGCGUACUUGACAGCGUCAGCCAUCCCAUUACAGAGCAGACGACCCUCAAAGAAACCACAUUGCAAUUCGACUCAUCAAUUCACCUCAGUCAGGACACUCAAGCGUGUAUAUUAUCUAUCGUCUCAUCCUCGUCACCAUGCCCUGCAACAACACCACAACUGCCGCCUCCAACACCGAAUGGCACGCUGAUGGCGACACGGCAAUUGCUAUUGCUUUCGGCACCAUUGGACUUUUCCUCUCUGGCCUGCAAGUGCUGUUCAGCUGGCUUGCUCUCAGAAGGGGCCCAUAAAGCUCCCCAAGUAAGUAGCUUCAUCCAACUCAGUUUUACGCAGGCUGAUCUAGAAUUGUAUAGAAUAUCAUAUCGACAAGCUCGGAAUAGGACAACAAUGGUUUGGUGGAAGUGCAUUACGAACGCAUUGACUGAAUCGCGCAUUCAGUCUUCAAUUUAUUGUAUUUUAGUGUUAGAUUCUAUGUCCCUUUCUCUCAACUACCCUAAGUGUAGACGAUUUCAUGCGUGCACAUCCUCAAAAUUAUAUCUGAUGGCUAGUGUUGACAUUUCCCCUCUCGAUCUGCCGUUCUCAUCCCUCUUGUCACCAACACCCUUAAUCUACCGUUAUUCCUACCUCAUCUCCACCUACCUACACACGAUCUUCAUCUGGGUUCCACUAACCAUCUCUGUAAGGGCCUUAACUGAGAGCAGCUUACCAUACUCUAUCCAUAUCCGGAUGGAAAAUCCUCAUGCACAGAGACGCGACUCAAACACCAUCCCUGUCCCUGUAUGCACGUAUGGCAUGCAUCCCUCUUAUCAGCGAGCACACCAUCCCGCUGGGCGUGGGGGUCCUCGGGACGCCAUGAUUGCGAUUGCAGAAGCAUCGCAUUUGCAGAACGCGAGCUUACACCCCUUUCCUGUUCCAGACCACACCACUCCCUGCAACCCCGCUAGCUUAGGUGCACGACAAACAUCAAGUUCUGCGCCGCCUUCGCCGUGUAUCGCGUUUGCAUGCGGUCAUCUAGCUCUAAUCAGGAUUCCCGAUACUCGAACCGCAACCGUCCGCUUUCAUCUGUAUAGGGCUACCGAUUUCGCUAGCGUGUCUCGCUUUCCCCUGGAGUUGGAGACGGGCGGGCGGACGGGGCACAUCCGAUCGUAUUGA